AUGUCGGAGGACGAAGCUAAGCAAAUGGUCUCGAGCCUCAAAGGAAAAUGGACGUUGUCGCCUCAGCCAAAGACACUGCUCUCCUCGACAGCUGUCCAUCCGGAUGCGCUGCAUCGCACGUACAAAUUCAAAAACUUUACCUCGGCACAAGCGUUUGCGAAUCAGCUCGGCGAGCUUGCAGAGGCGCAAGGUCACCACCCUGCGAUCAUGGUCGAAUGGGGCCGGGUAACCGUCUGGUGGUGGAGUCACGCUAUCAAUGGGUUGCACAAAAACGACUUUGUCAUGGCGGCCAAGACGGAAGAGCUCGUGCAGCAGGCGCAAGGGUAUACACCACCCAAGCCCGAGUUUUGA